AAUAGAAGAUUUUUUAACGUGGUGUCUGAGUUGAAAUGAUAGUACGUGCAAGUGUAUUUGCGUUUUGACACUGAGGAUAUGAACUAUCCCAGUCUAGACGAUAACACUAGAUAUACAAUUACCCUUGGAAAUAUCUUAUAACUGUGAUCAUGGCCGAGACAUUGCAGCAACCACAAUCAGGGAAUCUUAUAACAACUGUGCAGCAACCUGAACAUAUCAACGUCAAUGGUAUAGUAGAGCUGGAUACUAUAGAUGAAGAAAAUGACUGGGAGGAUAUGAUUGAUGGUGAUAUGGCAGAGAGGCUCUCACUCUUAGAGAAGAGAGUUUCACAACAAGAUGAUGAGAUCGUCUGUCUUAAGACGGCGUUAGCUGACGUUGUUAGAAGAAUGUCAGCGUUUGAAGGCCGGAGAACGGCUACUAAACAUGAAGGUUUUGUUAAAAUCUACCUGCGAGGGCGCUCUAUAACUAUGUAUGGACCAUCAGAUUUGAAAGAUUAUUCUGUUGUUAAAGGAGGAUUGGCGCCACCUGAAAAACUUAAAUUGGAUUGGGUCUAUGGCUACCGUGGACGAGACUGUAGAAAUAACUUACAUUUGCUGCCAACUGGUGAAAUAGUUUAUUUUAUAGCGGCCGUAGUCGUAUUGUACAACAUUGAAGAGGAAAUGCAAAGAUUUUACCUUGGACAUACAGACGAUGUCAAGUGCAUAGCAGUACAUCCUGAUAAAGUUACCAUAGCAACUGGACAGGUAGCUGGACAUGAAAGAAAAACAGAUGCUAAGCCACCCCAUGUUCGAAUCUGGGAUUCAGUAUCCUUGACAACACUUCGCAUAAUUGGUAUUAAUGACUUUGAUAGAGCAGUAUGUUGUGUGUCAUUCUCUAAAUCAGAUGGAGGGUCUCAUAUUUUGGCUGUAGAUGACGCCAAUGACCAUGUCUUAUCAGUCUGGGAAUGGAAUAAAGGAGAAAAAGGAAGUAAACUAUCAGAAACCAAGAGUUCUAAUGACACAGUUUUAGGAGCUGAGUUCCAUCCCAUGGACAGUAAACAGAUGGUAACAUGUGGUAAAUCACAUAUCGCAUUCUGGACAUUGGAAGAUGGAAGACUGUCGAAAAAAUCUGGUGUCUUUGAGAAAUAUGAAAAACCCAAGUUUGUGUUAUGUAUUGCCUUUGCUGACAAUGGUGACAUCAUCUCAGGCGACUCUAAUGGCAACAUAUUCGUCUGGGGCAGAGGUAACAAUAGGAUAUAUUAUGCAGUACCUGGAGCACACGAAGGUCCAGUAUUUGGUUUAUGUGUGAUGAAAGACGGAACACUGCUCUCCGGUGGUGGGAAAGACAGGAAAAUACUAGCAUGGGAUAGACGAUAUAUUCAAACAAAUGUGGAAAAAGAACUUCCUGAAUUGACAGGUCCUAUUAGAACAAUUAGUCAAGGCAAAGAUGAUCAGAUCCUGGUUGGCACAACAAAGAAUGCAAUAUUACAAGGCAGUGUUUCUGGUGAUUUCUAUACUAUUAUGCAAACACAUACAGAUGAAUUAUGGGGAUUAGCCAUUCAUCCAUCAUCAAAACAAUUCCUCACCUGUGCUUAUGAUAAACAUGUAAUAUUAUGGGAUAGUUCAUCUCAUUCACAAAUUUGGACCAAAGUUUUGGAUGAUGGAUGUCAGUCAGCAGCAUUUCAUCCAUCAGGAACUGUGAUUACAAUUGGAACUUUGACAGGACGAUGGGUAGCAAUAGAUGCAGCAAGUAGAGAUUUAGUAACUGUACAUUAUGCUGUCAGUGAGAAUGGUUACAAAUACAACAAAGUUGGAAGAUGCACGGGUCAUUCCAGUUUUAUUACACAUUUGGACUGGUCUACCGACUCGCAGUAUAUUCAGAGUAAUUCUGGAGAUUAUGAAAUACUGUUCUGGAAUUCUUCCACCUGCAGACAAGUCACGUCACCAUCCAGUAUGCGAGAUGUAGAUUGGGCAACUUUCUACUGUACUCUGGGUUUCCCAGUCUGUGGGAUAUGGCAAGAAGGAGCUGAUGGUACAGAUGUUAAUACAGUCUGUAGAUCUCAAGAAAGGAAUGUAUGUGCCACUGGAGAUGAUUUUGGUAAAGUUAAUCUGUUUAAAUACCCAUGCUCCCAACCAAAGAGUCAUUGUCAUUCAUACAGUGGGCACAGUAGUCAUGUGACUUGUGUAAGAUUCCUGAAAGAUGACAGUCGUCUACUAUCAACUGGAGGAAAGGAUAUGAGUAUUAUGCAAUGGAAGUUAUGUAAUUAACCAAGCUGACUGCCGUAUAUCUUCAUGUAUCUGAACUAAAGACAUUCAAUCUUAGCUACAAUAUCUCAGUAGUUAAAGUAAUGUUUAUUUUCCUACAGUACUUAUGGAAUUAUGUGCAUAAAAAUAUGUAAAUGCUUCAGUUAUCAUAAAAACAAUGUAUUCUGAUUAAAUUGGCUUAUUCGCAAUAUCAAGUCAUUGUCAUGCAAGAAUUAUAAAAACAACUGAUGGUAUGUUUUCAGGAGAUAUAAGAAAAUGUAAAAUAACUGUUACUAUUUUAGAAACUUUUUAGUUCAGUACAUUAAAGCACUGCCU